AAGCAUUCAGAUUCUCUAUAUCCUGGUCAAGACUUAUACCUAAUGGGAGAGGACCCGUUAACCCAAAAGGUCUACUGUUUUACAAGAAUCUCAUUAAAGAACUACGAAGCCAUGGAAUCGAACCACACGUUACACUUUACCACUAUGAUCUUCCUCAGUCUCUUGAAGAUGAUUACGGAGGAUGGAUCAACCGAAAAAUCAUAGAGGACUUCACUGCUUUUGCAGAUGUUUGCUUCAGAGAGUUUGGGGAGGAUGUGAAGUUGUGGACUACGAUCAAUGAAGCUACAAUAUUCGCCAUUGCGUCUUAUGGCGAAGGAAUAAAGUUUGGACAUUGUACUCCUACCAAAUUUACUAAUUGCUCUACCGGAAACUCUUGUACGGAAACAUAUAUUGCAGGCCAUAACAUGUUGCUAGCUCAUGCCUCCGCUUCAAAUUUGUAUAAACUAAAGUACAAGAGUAAGCAGAGAGGAUCAGUAGGCUUUAGUAUAUUUGCAUUCGGGUUAUCUCCUUAUACAAACUCCAAGGACGAUGAAAUCGCAACUCAAAGAGCUAAAGCUUUCCUCUUUGGCUGGAUGUUGAAGCCUUUGGUAUUUGGAGACUAUCCAGAUGAAAUGAAGAGAACCUUGGGGUCAAGAUUACCGGUUUUCUCAGAGGAUGAGUCGGAACAAGUGAAAGAUUCAUCCGACUUUAUUGGAAUCAUUCACUACACGACUGUCUAUGUCACAAACCGACCUUCACCUUCUAUCUUUCCUAUCAGCACUAACAAAGUCUUCUUUGAAGACAUGGGCGCAUACAUUAUCUCCACUGGUAAUUCUUCAUCAACCGAGUUUGAUUUCACUCCAUGGGGUCUUGAAAGUGUUCUUGAUUAUCUAAAGCAGAGCUAUAACAAUCCUCCAAUCUACAUUCUUGAAAAUGGUAGACCCAUGGAACACGAUUCGAUGCUACAAGACACACCAAGAGUUGAAUACAUUCAAGCUUACAUUGGUGCUGUGCUCAACGCCAUCAGGAAUGGAUCAGACACGAGAGCUUACUUUGUAUGGUCACUGGUUGAUUUGUAUGAGAUAGUGGGUGGAUACAAGCUGAGCUUUGGAAUGUACCACGUGAAUUUUAGCGAUCCUGGUCUCAAGAGGUCUCCAAAGCUCUCCGCAUCAUGGUACACUGGUUUUCUCAAUGGCACAAUUGAUGUUGCUUUUCAGUUGAUAAGCAACUUCUCUGGCUCUUCAUCACUGUAAUGUUAUAACAUUAACGACUCUUGGUUCAGCUGUGAUCCUGAUUUGGUUUGAUUUUAUCUGUUAUGUUGGCAAAACUCAGUGAAUUUGAAAAUGGUGUAAGACCAAAAUAAGUUGUACGGAUUCUGAAACUUUAAACAAAGACAGCACUUAAUGUUUCAUUCCA